AUGGCAAUGCUCAUCGCAGUAAAGAAAAAAGACAUUGCUUCUGCAUUCCGAACCAUAUUCGUUGCAGCAACUAUUCUGAUUAGCCAUCCCGUUUUGGAGAACGUAAGAAGCUUCAACGAGUACGUAUCUUGCGACCAGUUUGUGACGAAAUCGGUGGCGUAUGCAGAGAGCAUAGUUCUUGUCAUGGAUUUUGUUAGCUUCCUAUUUGAUGUCUAUGAUGCUGAAAGUCUCAUGUUUUUCAUAUACUGUGACUCAGAAGAUUACAAAAUUUACGAUGAUUCUUUCUAA